AUGGCGCCACAAGCUCAGCCCCGGGCGGCGCCACCAAUGGAGAGGACAACAGUGCCGCCGGCGCAGACAAAGGCUGCUGCUGUGACGAAGAAGAAGAAGCCAGCGACGGCAACGAUCGAGGCGGCAGGGGCUGCGUCGAUGGUUGCGAUUGAGGCGCCAGUGGCACCUGUGACCGUGGGGCCUGAACCAAGGAUCGCGCGGACUGCGGGGCAAGCAACAGAGAUGGCCGGGGAGGGCGGCGGUGGCGAAAGGAUUGACCCCGGGCCCUUAGAUGCGGAUGAGUCCGCCCGCGGGGAGACCGAUAAAUCGGCCCACGAGGCGCAGACGAACCGACGCGCGCCUGAGAAGAACCGCCGCCAGAAGCCGCGGCCGCAACAACAUCAGCGGCGGCUCGGAGAAGGGCUGGCACCCGCCCGACCUGGGCCCCUUGUGGGUUGGACGCAUCAGGCGGAUCCGCCCCAGGCAGUUGCUGAGGUGGAGGGCGGCGCCGACCAGUCAUCACCGCUGGAGAUCGCGGGAGAAGAGGCGGAGGCGCAGGAGGAGAGGGAGAGCGCCGCCGAAGAGGCAGAGGAGAGGAGGGCCGCGGCGAGACGCGGCUGCCACCAAGGGGGAACGAACCGGCAGCAGGCCCUGCGGGAGCAGGCCAACCGGAGAGCUGAAGGUCGACCGCCGGAAACCGUGACGCCUGGAGCGGCAGCGCGAGGAGCGCGAGGGAGGGGUCGAGGCAGGGGAGGAGGCCUGGGAAACUUGCUACUGCCUCACGAUUCCCCUGCUGCGGCUUUCCAAGAACCCGACCUGCCAAGGAGCCUGGCGAAUGUUGCUAUUCCUGCCCCGACUUACACUGAGAGCUAA